GUCGAGAUUUCAGCAAAGAGGGCUUACCGGAAUAGGCUUUGUCACGACUGCCUUCUGACUGGUUUCCCCUUUCCACGUUUGCGCUCCUUCACAGUAGUGUUCUUCGGUGCUAACAUGAACGGCUUCCGCGACAGCAGGAUCGAAGAAGGCACCUUCCUCUUCACCUCAGAGUCGGUGGGGGAGGGACACCCAGAUAAGAUUUGUGACCAAAUCAGUGAUGCUGUCCUUGAUGCACACCUUAAACAAGAUCCAGAUGCCAAAGUAGCAUGUGAAACUGCUGCAAAGACCGGAAUGAUCCUUCUGGCUGGCGAGAUCACAUCUAGAGCUGCGGUUGACUAUCAGAAAAUUGUUCGUGAAACAAUCAAGCAUAUUGGCUAUGAUGAUUCCUCAAAAGGUUUUGACUACAAGACAUGCAAUGUGUUGGUUGCCCUGGAGCAGCAGUCCCCUGACAUAGCUCAGGGAGUUCAUCUUGACAGAAAAGAAGAAGACAUUGGUGCUGGAGAUCAGGGAUUGAUGUUUGGCUAUGCUACCGAUGAGACAGAAGAAUGUAUGCCCUUGACCCUUCUGUUGGCACACCAGCUGAACGCAAAGCUGGCAGAGCUCCGUCGUAACCAUACCUUACCCUGGCUGCGACCAGAUUCUAAAACUCAGGUGACCGUGCAGUACAGACAAGACCGUGGUGCUGUCAUCCCUAUUAGAGUCCACACAAUUGUCAUUUCUGUUCAACAUGAUGAUAAAAUUGGUCUGGAUGACAUGAGGGAUGCCCUGAAAGAGAAAGUGGUCAGAGCUGUUGUGCCAACAAAAUACCUGGAUGAUGAUACUGUCUACCACCUGCAGCCUAGUGGCCGUUUUGUAAUUGGUGGCCCCCAGGGAGAUGCUGGCUUGACUGGACGGAAGAUCAUUGUUGAUACCUAUGGUGGCUGGGGAGCUCAUGGAGGUGGUGCUUUCUCUGGUAAAGACUACACAAAAGUUGACCGUUCAGCUUCUUAUGCUGCUCGCUGGGUUGCAAAAUCCCUUGUAAAGUCUGGUCUCUGUCGGAGAGUGCUUGUUCAGGUCUCCUAUGCCAUUGGAGUGGCCCACCCACUGUCAGUCUCCAUUUUCCAUUAUGGCACCUCCCAAAAGACUGAGCAUGAGCUGCUAGACAUUGUGAAGAAGAACUUUGACCUCCGCCCAGGGGUCAUUGUCAGGGAUCUGGAUCUGAAGAGGCCUAUUUAUCAGAAGACUGCAGCCUAUGGCCACUUUGGUAGGGACAACUUCCCAUGGGAAGUGCCCAAAAAACUUAAAUACUGAACAUGUUGGGCUUCUUUCCCCAGACCUGUUGGUGUACAUUACAGAGAAACCUUCAGGCUUUUCUGUGGGAAAGAGCCCCAUUCCCUAAACUGGUCCUGUCCUUCUCUGCUCUUAAUUUGGCACACUCUGUCCAUUGCCAUGAACGUUAGUCCUCUGGGGACCACAGAUUGCACUGUGCUUUCUCUUCCUGGUGUGCUUGACGUAUGCGUACAGCCAGUUGAGCGUAGGCGCUAUAUGUAAAACAGAACAGGUUGUAAUGAAAACAGUGCUUCAGUCUAAUCCUUUGUAUUGUCCAAAGGCUAACAGGAAUUUCCCUUCGAACAAUGAACAAGAAACUUCCUUUGUAACGUGCACAGUCUGUGGUUCCACAUAGUCUCUGUCCAGACAUCUAGAGCAGCAUGGUGCGAUUACUUGGCUGUAUUGAGAAUGUAAAGCCCACCCUCUCUUUUCCCCACUGAUCUCAUGCGAGCCAUCACCAUCUUAGCAGAUAGCCUUGCAUGUAACACAGGUUCCAAUUUGGAACUCCAGUCCAAUGUGGUUUUUAAAUGGAGACAGUUCUGGUUUCAACAACUUGUGGUGUUACACUCUUAAAUUCAGUCAGCACCAUAUUUUAAACAUUUCCUGCUCUAUCUUGGGGGAUGUACGUAAUAAAAGUUUUUAAAAACCCUAUGCACAGUUUUAGCACUAGCCAAACCUCACCAUCUUCAAACAGGCACUUGGCCAACCUUGCGAUGUAUUACAGAGAAGUCACAGGGUUGUACCUGAGGUCUGUAGGCUGCACACUUUUGGCACCUGGAAUUUUUUUCUUUAGAAAAGCCAAGAAUUUCAUGUUGCACAAAACUCCCAGGGUUUAUUUUCAAAGCCAGAUCCAAACUGCAUUCUGAAACACUGGUGUAGCUACAGAGAAGCCAGUUUCCUUCAGAGUACAAGUGCAUUUGGAAAGGACAUGGGGAGAAACCCUACAUACUUGAAAUUUUUUUAUAAUUGCUUAUUUAUUGUGUUUGGGACAGGGUGUGAGUACAGAGAAGCCCUAGUCUCAAAUGGCAGCUUUUAAACUUUAUUUUGACACCAUAAAUUCCUUGACAGUAUCCAGCAUUCCCUGAUAGGCCAAGGUGUCCUACAGAAAAGCCUUGGGUCACAACCUACAGGGGGUCUGGCUUGUGUAAAACAGGGGAGGGCAGUGCUUGGGACAACUAGUCUUGGGAGAGGCUAACUUGGCUGGUGUUGUACAGAGAAGCCAGCUUGUUUACCUGCCUAUUCCUUGGCAAGUGUCCUAAGCAGGAAGUGCCUUUUGCGUUCCAUUUUUUCUGAGCGUUUAUUACGUAUGUCUGGUUCUUGAAAUUCCAAGUUGAUUUUAAAGAUCUUAAUAAAGUGCUAGGUUCUAUCUUAA